AAAACUAACCCUAUUACACGUCAAUGAAACAAAGUUCUGUGGAAAGUAACUAUUAGCUCCGAACAGCUCAGUGAGAAGAGUGCUAUUGCUUUUCAUUUUUGCCAAGCUAUUUAAUUUUAGACUUCGUAGAAGAUGCUGGGUGUCCAAUCCACUUCAGUUUGUUGUUCUGGCUGAAGUAUAUGAAGAAAAUCCAACUCGCGAAAACGCGGCCUGGGAAGAGGAGCAGUGAGGGAGUCGGACAGGCUGAGCCCGCUGAGGCUGCCAGGGAGGCGAUGGGCUGCAGAGAUGCCAGAGCAUCCGCCGAGCCCCGCCCUGGCCCCGCUGGGGCCCGGGGCCUCCCGGGGGCGCCUCUGCACCUUUUAUGGGCCCAUAAAGCGCGGGCCAGGGGGAUAUAAGGCUGGCGGAGCAGGGCCGGAGGGGGGUGGGCGGGAGGGACAGCGCUGCAGGCAGAGCGACGACGCGAUGAGCCCCCGGGUUGGCGCGAUGCUGCUCUGCACCCUGCUGGGCGCCGCCUUGGGAAGCCGUCUGCGGUGCUACGACUGCGGGGGCGGCCCGGGCGGCUGCGCCGAGGCCGUGACCACCUGCGGCGAGGGCGAGCGCAAGCCCCAGGCCAGCCUGGUGCAGAUCAGGCUGCCCGGAAACCGUGAGUCUCCUUCCUCCCUCCCCUCAGCCCUUCCCUGCCUCCAGCCUCCACUUGCAUCCCUCCGGCCUCCAGAACCUUUCCGGGCUCAGUCUGGCUCUGGGCAGACGGUGCGGCUGUGGCAGCGAGCGCCCUGGGCCCAUCUGGCUCCUGGCACCGAGCACCCUGUCUUUGUGUCGCAACCCCCUCCUCUGCGCUCCAGAAGGGACCUUGCAGGCUUGUUCACUCACAGAAAAAGCCCCAUGCUGCAGGCCCAGGCCAAAAUGUUAAACCACGCUCCAACUUUCAAGUAUUGGCCAAGAACCAGGGAAGUAUACUUGUGUAUGUGUGUGGUGUUUUGUUUUGUUCUGCUUUUUGGUUUUUUGAGACAGGGUCUUGAUGUGUAGCCCAGGCUGGCCUUGAACUCAUGGUGACCCUCCUGCCUCAGCCUCUAAAUGCCUCCAAGUGCUGGGAUUACAGGCCUGGGGCACCAUGCCCAGCUUGUGUGUGUGUUUUUAAAUUUUGAAAUCAUUUUGGAUUGACAGAAAAGUUGUAAAAGUGGUGCAGAGUAUGUACUUCACCCAGCUUCACUGAGUGCUAACAUCUCACACAGCUGAAGAACAAGUCUGAAAAUCAGAAAACAACGUAGGUGUAAUAUUGCCAGCUGAUCGAGGCGGUGUGGGUUGUCUUUUUCUCUUGUGACCUUGACACAUUUAUGUGUUUAGUAUUUAUUUAUUUCUUUUUUGGUACUGGGGAUUGAACUCAGGACCUUGCACUUUCGAGGCAGGCAGCAGCACCACUGAGCUAAAUCCCUGGCCAGUAUUUAUUUUUGACAGUACUGAGGAUUGAACCCAACCCUUUGCACUGAGCUACAGCCUCAGUUCUUUUUUAAUUUUUGAGAUAAGUUCUCUCUAAGUUGCUAAAUUGCCCAGGCUGGGCUCUAACUUGAAAUCCCCUGCUUUAGCCUCCCAGAGUUCUGGGAUUACAGACCCACACCACCACGUCCAGCUGAGCUUGACGCUUUUGCAGAAUCCAGAUAGGUUAUUUCAUAUUUAAAAAAUUUUUUAAUUUACUUUUAUGAUAGGCUAUUUUGUAGACUGCUCCUCUGUGUAGAUCUAGCUGCUGUUUUCACAUGGUGAGCCUGAGGCUGAGUGUUUUAGGCAGCAGCACCACCCUCGCCUCAUUCUCUCUCAACCCCAGUGACCUUGAGACAGCACCAGCCAGCCUGUGUGGGCAUCCAUCGCUGCAAUCAAGUGGAAAUGGAGUCGGUGGGCGACAUGACUUACACAGUCCACAGGGACUGCUGCAUCGGAGACCUGUGCAACAGCGCCGUGUCGAGCACCCUGGCCCCUGCAUGCGUCUUGGCUGCAGCAGUCACCACCCUGAC